AUGCCUCAACCAUUGAUUCUACCUUUUCGGUAUGCAAUAGUUGAAGAUGGGGUAUACCGAGGAGCGUAUCCGAAGAAUCGGAACUAUCGUUUCCUUAGAAGGCUCAAAUUAAAAACAAUCCUUGCCCUAAUUCCAAAUCAACCUGUUCCAGAAUUACUAGAAUUUUGUCAACAAGAAAAUGUCCGUAAUAUUCAUCUUCAGGUUGCGAAGGUUAAAGAUAAUGUGCCAUUAAGUUAUAGCAAAGUCGUUCAGUCCAUUCAGAUAAUAAUAGACCCCACGAAUCAUCCAAUAUUCGUACAUUGCUUGGAUGGAGCUAACGUCACUGGAUUGGUGAUCGCUUGUUUAAGAAAAUUACAAAUGUGGAGUAUUCCUUCGGCGAUGGGGGAAUUCCUACGACAUCUUCGUGGUGGUGUGAUAUCAUCUGAAGAAAGCGAAUUUGUGGAAAAGUUCUCUGCCGAGAUUGAAAUCCCACGUGUCAUUCCUCCGUGGUUGUGGGGAGGUCACGUCACUUUUAACAAACAUCCAACCCUCAAACUGAAAUUUUUGGAUCCCACCAUGAUCGGACAACCAGAGCAGAAACAACAAAAAAAGAAAGGUGGUCUAAAUAUUGAGGCGGAUGAUAAAAAGGACUACCUGGAAAUAGUUAGCGGUAAUUAUGAUUAUUUAUUGUUUAUCAAUCUGAGUACACCGUUUCCUCUAUACAUAUUAAACACUAUGCCAACCGAUUUGUUGGACGGUUCGUUGUUGAACCUUCUAUUAACAUCACAACAGAAUAUGAUUCAAGGGGGAGUACGAUCGUUGAAGAAGCGGAAGUAUCAAUGA